CACAGCUGCGCGGCCACGCCCCUCGCCCAGGGGUUCCAAUCGAUGUGCUGGCUGGGUCGCUGGGACAGAUACAGUGUUGGUGCUGCCCGGAGGAUGACAGCUCGCACCAGGUAUCAUCAUGGGGUGUAGCAUUUGGAAGCAGUUUGGACGUCUCCAGUAAUCUUGGCUUAUAACCUCUGCUGGCCAGGGAGAAGCCAGAUAAAGUUGAAGGAGUGAUAGACGCACCUCAGGCACGAUGGAGGAGGAAGGGACAGAAUGGCUUGUAUUCGCUGUGCAUAGGCUCGUUUCUUGGGGGGCAUCAGCUGCCAUGAUAUUUGGAGGAGUCGUGCCAUAUAUACCCCAGUAUAGAGACAUAAGAAGAACCCAGAACGCAGAUGGCUUCUCAGUUUACGUUUGUCUCAUGCUCUUAGUAGCUAACAUCUUGAGGAUAUUGUUUUGGUUUGGACGUCAUUUUGAGUCCCCUCUCCUUUGGCAGAGCAUCAUUAUGAUUGUUACUAUGCUGCUGAUGCUGCAACUGUGUACAGAAGUCCGAGUGGCAAAUGAUCUGACCACAAAGCGUCGCUUAUUCACAGCUUCAGAUAGUAAGGAUGAAGAAUUCAAAACUCAUCCCAAGAGAUGCUUUCUGGACUUCGACAUGAACUACUUCUGGUACUGGAGCAGAUUCACGGACUAUGUGCAGUGUGUGCUGGCAUUCACUGCUGUGACUGGGUACAUCACCUAUCUGUCUCUGGACUCUGUGCUCUUUGUAGAGACCCUGGGCUUCCUUGCAGUAUUCACUGAGGCUAUGCUUGGCAUUCCACAGCUUUAUCGGAAUCACCAGAAUAACUCCACAGAAGGAAUGAGCAUCAAAAUGGUACUGAUGUGGACAAGUGGAGAUACCUUCAAGACUGCGUACUUUAUUCUCAACCAGGCUCCCUUCCAGUUUACGGUCUGUGGCCUCCUGCAGGUUCUUGUAGACAUUACCAUUUUGCUGCAAGUGUAUGUAUACAGCGUAUACCCUCGGAAGCCAGUGCCACACACCACAUAUGUUACUAGUGCCAAAGCUCUGUGAUGAAGAGAAUAUGGACGGUCUGAUCACGUGCUUCCCAAUUCUAGAACUGCUUCUGCACCAAGAAUGCACGUCUAUUGUUUUUAUUCUCAGUGUUUUUGUCUCCAAAGAUUUUCCACAGUGCUGUUACACUCAUCCACUGUCAGCACCCCUGCUUUGUAAAAGUCUUCCCGUCAUAUCAUAAGGAAUUUAUCAGCAUAGUGUGAAUUGAAAUCUAAAGUAUAUGCUUACUUGUAUGCUUGUGUAUUCAUUUGAAUGCAGAAAAAAUAUAUAUAAGUAUGUCAGACUUAAAUACAUUUUAUCAAUGUUGGGCUAGGGCACAUGCAGACUUUGCUGAAUGUUACUUUGUUGGUUUGCAUUCAAGGGCAUCUGAACUAUAGAGGGAGUCCACAUGCUACUGUGGGGCCUCACUGGUAGGGGAGAGGUUACCAGACUAGCGAAAUAUUCACCCAACACACUUGCCGUCCAUACACAUCAGGCAAAAAAGACGGCCAAAAUUGAUAAUUUUGGUCAACUGUUGUUUGAAAGACAAUGUGAUCACACAGUUUGGAAGAUUUAGCCCGUGGAUGGCCAAAACCACAUUUGUAUAGCAUGAUUGGCCUGGUUUGGCCGAUCAGUUACCAUUAUACUCAGGGACCAGGUAGUCAAAAUUUUGAAAAACACGCUCCCUGCUUGGCCAGUUUAGUCUCUCAAGUUGCUGGUGAGAUCUGCAAUCAUUGUCUCAUGUGUAUGGUCAGCCCAAGAAUGGCCAAGCAGUGGACGAUCUUGAUUUGAAAUGGAGGGCAUCUGAUAAUAUGAGCCAGCACAUGGAACUGGUGCCAUAAAUUUUGUCAAAGGUCCCUGUCAUGGCUUCUGUAAGCCCUUGUUUGCACUGGCAGUGGACUGAACAGACCACCUGCAAAUUAUGUCUUCUGUUGGAUAAAGGGAUAUUCCACAACGUUAAAAGGGUUUUCUAAGAUUUAUAUACCUGAUCAUUGGGGGUCCGAAACCCGGGACUGCUGCCCGAUCAGUUGUUUUUCAGAUGACAUCGGCGCUUCUGUGAACAGUGUGGCUUCCUCCGUUCUUACCAAGUACAGCACCGUAUAUUGUAUAGCGGCUGUGCUUGGUUGCGCAGCUCAGCCCUAUUCACUUCUCUGGGGCUGAACUGCGACUAGGCCACGUGACCGAUGAACGUGUUUUCACUUGGCCUAGGGAAAAAUGCGAGAAG